GAAGGGGGGGAUCGUAUCAUCCUGGGGGGGCGCGCGCUCGAUGUUUGCAGGCGAUCGCGCGCCCCGAUCCCCCUUCCUUCUCCCGUUUCCCGGAUGGUCAAGACCCUCAGAGCCUGGGCCUUCGGCUUAUGCUGUGCAACGCCCGGUCCGUGGUCAAUAAGGCCCCCCUAAUACACGAUCUUAUUCAGGGGGGUGCCGCGGACCUUAUAGGCAUUACGGAAACCUGGUUGGGCACUGAAGGGGGCGUGCCCCUUGUGGAAAUAUGCCCACCUGGUUUCCGGGCACUUCAUCAGCCGAGGGCUCAGGGUAGGGGUGGGGGAGUGGCGGUUGUUAUUAGGGAGAGCCUAGAGCCGAGGGAGACCACUGUACCUCAGAUUGCCGGGUGUGAAUCCCUCUUUGUGAGGUGGGGUCAUAGGUGUCAGAUGGGCUUGUUUGUCGUGUACCUGGCUCCUUGCUACGUGACAGCUGCCCUGCCUGAGCUCCUGGAGGUGUUGGCUGGGGUGGCGGUGGAGACCCCCAGACUUAUUGUCAUGGGGGAUUUCAACUUGCCAUCUUCCGGCACAUCAUCGACAGCAGCUCGGGAGUUCAUGGCUUCCAUGACGGCCUUGGACCUGACUCAAGUAGUUGAUGGCCCUACUCACACUGGGGGUGGCACACUGGACUUGAUUUUUAUCUCUGGUCAGUGGUUGAAGGAUCUGGACUUGAGGGAUGUAGUCACGGAAACUUUGUCAUGGUCAGAUCACUCUCUCCUUCGUCUAGACUUUCUGACCGCUACUCACCGCCGCAGGGAGACGGAACCAAUACGUUGGUUCCGUCCCAGGCGCCUGAUGGACCCGGAGAGGUUCCAGACGGAGCUUGGGCCAUUUCCUGAGGGUCUGGCUCACGGCACGGCUGAGGAACUAGUCGCGGCCUGGGAACGGGCCGCGGCUGGGGCUUUAGACCGUGUCGUGCCUUUGCGGCCUCUGACCCGGCGUAGAUCCCAACCGGCUCCUUGGGUCUCCGAGGAGCUGAGGGGGAUGAAACGCCGGAGAAGACGCCUAGAGAGUUUGUGGAGGUCCAGUCAUUCAGAGGCUGAUCGGACACAAGUGAGGUCCUAUAGUAGGACCUACCUUGUGGCACUGAGGGAAGCGAGACGUUGCUACGGCCGGGCUAUUUACGGGACCGCCUGCUGCUACUGAAUACCUCUCACCGACCCGUGUGCUCUCACAGAGAGGGACUCCUCAGGGUGCCGUCGGCUAGGCAGUGCCGUCUGGCGACACCCAGGGGAAGGGCCUUCUCUGUGGGGGCUCCCACCCUCUGGAACGAACUCCCCCCAGGACUUCGUCAACUUCCGGACCUCCGAACCUUCCGCCGCGAGCUUAAAACACAUCUAUUCGUUUGCGCAGGACUGGACUAGGUUUUUAAAUGUAGAUUUUAAUGGGUUUUAUUAUAUAUAUUGUUUUUAAUUAUCUGGCUGCAUCUAAUAAGUUUUUUAAUGGAUAUUUUAUUUUUGUAUUUAUAUGUAUUUUAU